UUCUACAUUUAAGAUAUUGCAAGGAAGAUACGUAAAAACCUGAGACAAAUAUUUGUCCAGUUAACUUUUGCCCUUCCAUUUGUUAAGAUUCAAACACAAAAUUUCUUCACGUUACUCGAACAACCGAAUUCAUCCUAAAAAAAUAAGCAGGAAUCCGUUUUAAAUCUGGAACGAAGGGCUUCCGUGAAUUGGGUGAAAUGUUUGUGCCCGGACUUUGUAAUUUGAUUCUGGGACCAAUAAUUAUUAUAUCGGGAUUCCUGUUAGAGUUUGGUGGUUAUCAAGCUAAGCCGAAAGCCGACAAAGACAAUACGGAUAUUGUGGAAUUAGAACUGAAAUAUUGGCCAUGUUUAUGCGUCCAUGUCUUAUUUACAAUCUGCUGCCUUACUUCGGGACUAUGUGCCACUCUUGCAUCCAAGACGGACAACCGCACGUGGGCGAUCGGAUUGGCAAAUGUGGCGGAUUUGUUUUCCAAAGCGUCAAUGUUGUUAAUUGGUGGGAUGCUAAUGUACAAUUUUGAUCCGAAGGAGUCGAAAGUGAGGGGAUGGCCCCAGUGGAAAUGGGAGUCGAUUAAAUUGCCAAUUCCGACAGGGGUUUAUUGUUUCUUUGUUCAAAUAUAUUUUUCGAUGCGGUGUAUUAAAUUAAUUGACAAGAAACAAAAUGAGGUACAAAAUGAGGUACAAGAUGAGGUACAAGAUGAGAUACAAGAUGAGCUGCAAAAUGAGGUACAAGAAGAGGUACAACCAGGUCCAAGUGGAGCAAGUCAAAAAGGCGGGGAACAAAAAGGUCAAAAAAGCGGGAAGCAAAAGGGGAAGAAAAAGGGGAAGGGAAAAGGUCAAAAAGGAAGGAGGCAUUGAUUUCUGAAGAUUUUUUUGUGCGUAUUUUUUUGUGAUCGAGCAAGUAAAUUCUUUAGUUUGAUUGAUAUCGUUUAUGAAAGUGAGAAACUUAUGGUUGUAAUUAUUGAAUCACUAUUGAAUUUGAAUCAUGUGUGUGUGUAAUGAAAUUCUUACCGAAAUUGUAUUCCUACUGCGAAAAUUUUUUAUAAUGAUGGCUCAAAAAUCUGUAUUCGUGUAUUAAUAGAGCAAAUAUUUAGGUAAGUAAUGUAAUUUUGAAGCAUUAAUUAUGUAUGUAUAUAUGUUUCUCGGGUGUGAAGUCGAGUAAAAAUUUUUAUAUGCUUUCUCAUUGUA